AUGGAUCCCUAUGACAGUGACUCCAGUGUCGACGAGGACUUUACCGACACCGGUGUGCUUCUAGGCUAUGCCGCUGAGGAUGUUAUUGAGGACGUGAUCAGCCAUCUUGGAGGCUGGCCGAAAUGGCUCGAUGAAGCCUCCCCAGCACCUGGCGAUUUCGCCGAUUGCAAAGUCUGCAACAGCCCAAUGCUGCUCCUCCUCGAAUUGCACGGUGAUCUGCCCGAUCACUUCCCGACCGACGAACGACGCCUAUACCUAUUUGGCUGCCCCAGAAAACCUUGCAACCGCAAGCCAGGCAGCAUCAGAGCAUUCCGCGCAGCGCGCAAGGUUACCGUCGGCGGACAAAACAAACAAGAUGAAACAAAAACAGAGGAAACCCAGCCUGUCGCGCCAGAGCAACCCAAGCAGGACCUAGGAGCGAGCCUGUUCGGCGCAACAAACCUGACAAGCAAUGUUUCCUCGAACCCGAACCCCUUCUCGUCCGCUUCGGGCCCAACACCCGCAGGCAGCAACCCCUUCGCAACACCGGUCCAGACAACAGCACCUACAGCCGAGAAACCCGUGUCUGAAACCACCCUAGCGUCAACUUUCGCCGACAAAGUGCGCAUUUCCUCGCCGCCCCCCUCAGCCGCUACAAAGAAAACGCCCGAAUCAAGCAUACCGGUGCCGUGGCCCGCGCAGUCCGCGUUCCCUGCACCCUACAAAAAUUUUUACCUAGAUGCAGAAUACGAGACUCUCUCGCGGCCAUCUUCACCCACAGUGCCAGAUAAUGUGCAGAUCGAACCGAUGGAGGAAGAAGGCGCUGGUGUCGCGGAGCUCAAGGACACUUUCGAGUCCGAGCUCGACAAGGACUUUAUGAAGUUCUCGAUGCGCAUCGAGCACAACCCGGAGCAGGUGCUGCGGUAUGAGUUCCGCGGUGCGCCGCUGCUGUACUCGACUAGUGAUGAGGUCGGUGCCCGGCUGCAUGUUCACAAUCCUCCUGGCGCCAAGGUUACCACAGUUGGUUCGGGAAGUAUCCCGCCUUGUGAGUACUGUGGAAGUCAACGUGUGUUCGAGUUCCAGCUUGUGCCGCAUGCUAUUACUAUGCUUGAGGAAGGGCGUCCUGGUGUUGGACUUGGAAAGGAUGAUGCGGGUAUGGAGUGGGGCACUAUCAUCAUGGGGGUUUGUGGUAAGAACUGUACGCCGCAGGAGUUGGGCGUUACUGGGUGGCGGGAAGAAUGGGCUGGUGUGCAGUGGGAGGAGUUGAGGUAG